GGACUCUGUGAGGCCCCGUGUGUUUGUGUGUGUGUAUGUGUGUUGGUGAAUGUGAGUACGGGGAAGCUGCGGCCGCCAUUUCAGAGAGCUUGCCGACACUGUCGCAGGGGUGGAUCCUGAGCUGCCGAAGCCGCCGUCCUGAACUCCCGCGCGGGCUCCUCUAAUCCCAUUGUCUCUUUUAGAUUCGCUUGGGCCUGUCCGCCCUCUGAGCCUGAAAUUCGGGCUGGGUGGUACCGCGGCCUGGGCCUAGCGGCUUAACAGUAGCAACAGCGGCGGCAGCCACAGCCCCCCUCUUUUCGAAUACGAGCACCGCAGGGACCCGGAAAGCCCGCACAGUCGUUUAGAGAAAAUGGCAGACGAUAUUGAUAUUGAAGCAAUGCUUGAGGCUCCUUACAAGAAGGAUGAGAACAAGUUGAGCAGUGCUAACGGCCAUGAAGAACGUAGCAAAAAGAGGAAAAAAAGCAAGAGCAGAAGUCGUAGUCAUGAACGAAAAAGAAGCAAAAGUAAGGAACGGAAGCGAAGUAGAGAUAGAGAAAGGAAAAAGAGCAAAAGCCGUGAAAGGAAGCGAAGUAGAAGCAAAGAAAGGAGACGGAGCCGUUCAAGAAGUCGAGAUCGCAGAUUCAGAGGCCGCUACAGAAGUCCUUACUCCGGACCAAAAUUUAACAGUGCCAUCCGAGGAAAGAUUGGGUUGCCUCAUAGCAUCAAAUUAAGCAGACGACGUUCUCGAAGCAAAAGUCCAUUCAGAAAAGACAAGAGCCCUGUGAGGGAACCUAUUGAUAAUCUCACUCCUGAGGAAAGAGAUGCAAGGACUGUUUUCUGCAUGCAGCUGGCAGCAAGAAUUCGGCCAAGGGAUUUGGAAGAGUUUUUCUCUACAGUUGGAAAGGUUCGUGAUGUGAGGAUGAUUUCUGACAGAAAUUCAAGACGUUCCAAAGGAAUUGCUUAUGUGGAGUUUGUUGAUGUUAGCUCAGUGCCUCUAGCAAUAGGAUUAACUGGUCAGCGGGUUUUAGGAGUGCCGAUCAUAGUACAAGCAUCACAGGCAGAGAAAAACAGAGCUGCAGCAAUGGCAAACAAUCUACAAAAGGGAAGUGCUGGACCUAUGAGGCUUUAUGUGGGCUCGUUACACUUUAACAUCACUGAAGAUAUGCUUCGAGGGAUUUUUGAGCCAUUUGGAAGGAUUGAAAGUAUCCAGCUCAUGAUGGAUAGUGAAACAGGUCGAUCCAAGGGAUAUGGAUUUAUUACGUUUUCUGAUUCAGAAUGUGCCAAGAAAGCUUUGGAACAACUUAAUGGAUUUGAGCUAGCGGGAAGGCCCAUGAAAGUUGGUCAUGUUACUGAACGUACUGAUGCUUCCAGUGCUAGCUCAUUUUUGGACAGUGAUGAACUGGAAAGGACUGGAAUUGACUUGGGAACAACUGGUCGUCUCCAGUUAAUGGCAAGACUUGCAGAGGGUACAGGUUUGCAGAUCCCGCCAGCAGCACAGCAAGCUUUGCAAAUGAGUGGCUCUUUGGCAUUUGGUGCUGUGGCAGAAUUCUCUUUUGUUAUAGAUUUGCAAACAAGACUUUCCCAACAGACUGAAGCUUCAGCGUUAGCUGCAGCUGCCUCUGUUCAACCUCUGGCAACACAGUGUUUCCAACUCUCUAACAUGUUUAAUCCUCAAACAGAAGAAGAAGUUGGAUGGGAUACAGAGAUUAAAGACGAUGUGAUUGAAGAAUGUAACAAACAUGGAGGAGUUAUUCAUAUUUAUGUUGACAAAAAUUCAGCUCAGGGCAAUGUGUAUGUGAAGUGCCCAUCGAUUGCUGCAGCCAUUGCUGCUGUCAAUGCGUUGCAUGGCAGGUGGUUUGCGGGUAAAAUGAUAACAGCAGCAUAUGUACCUCUUCCAACUUAUCACAACCUCUUCCCUGACUCUAUGACAGCAACACAACUACUGGUUCCAAGUAGACGAUGAAGGAAAAUAUAGUCCUUUAUGUACAUAGCUUUUUUUCUUUCUUGAGAAUUCAUCUUGAGUUAUCUUUUAUUUAGAUAAAAAAUAAAGAGGCAAGGGUCUACUGUCAUUUGUAUACAAUUCCUGUUACCUUGGAAAAAUAAAAAUGUUAACAGGAAUGCAGUGUGCUCAUUCUCCCUAACUAGCAAAUCCCACUGUAUACAAAGCUGUUCUCUUGUUCUGCCUUUUAAAUGUACAUGUAGAAAAUUACAUUAAGGAUCUAUAGGAAUAGUUGUAGGGGAACAAAUGUGCUUAACAUAAAAAGGCAGACAGGGAUGUAAUAUUUUUAAUGUUUCAGAAGCCUAACUUUUUAACACAGCAGUUACAUUUCACUAAUGUUGAUAUUUGGUUAAUGGUUUAGCAGAGGUUUCUGGAAUACCUAGUUUAUGGACAUUAAGACAGCUAAACGGGCUGUUUAACAUGUCAUCUUGCAUUCUGAUCAAUUGGCAAGAAAAGGUUUCAAAAGUACAUUUCUGGAUGGUAUCUUUUCAAUUAAUGUAUCUGUAAAAGUUUCUUUGUAAAUAUUAUGUGUUCUGGUGUGUCUUAAGAUUCCAAACAAAAUGAUCCCUGCAUUUCCUCAAGAUGUUUAGUGACAGUCUGGUAAGCAAAGCAGUCUGAGCAAGAAAUAGGAAAUGCAGAAAUAGGUUUUGUCUGGUUGCAUAUAAUCUUUGCUCUUUUUAAGCUCUGUGAGCUCUGAAAUAUAUUUUUGGGUUACUUCAGUGUGUUUGACAAGACAGCUUGAUAUUUCUAUCAAACAAAUGACUUUCAUAUUGCAACAAUCUUUGUAAGAACCACUCAAAUAAAAUUCUCUUAAAAAGGC